UCGAAGUGCCGAAAAAAGCGAAGGUAAGACGCGACCGGAUGAUGAGCCAACAAUGAUCGAGAAUUCAUCAGUGUUUUAAGAGGUCAAUGUCACUCGACAGCCGACGAACCGGCAUGGAUAUCUUCUUAAACAUGCAGACCGCAUACGAGACUCAGUGUAUAUAAUCCAGCUGGUGAACAUCGGAAAUCAGUCAACUCGAAAACUUGACCGAGUAACUUGUCUACAACACAAUGAAGGUAUUCGCCGCCAUCGUUCUUUUGGUAGUCGCGGUUUCCGCAGAACCGCCAAGAUUCCGUCAGCCACAAAGACAAUAUUAUUUCGCAAGACAACAAGAAGAGCCCACCACGGUACCGAACGCUCCUUACCCACCAUCCGGAUGGAGACCAGCUGGACCAGCUUUCAGUCUUCCUCAGAGAGCACCCCAGCAACAAUACGGAGCACCAACUGCACCUCAACAGAGUUAUGGUGCACCAGCAGUACCUCAGCAGCAAUAUGGAGCACCAAGUGCACCAGCAGCACCACAGCAACAAUAUGGAGCUCCUAGUGCACCAGCAGCUCCUCAGCAACAAUAUGGAGCACCCAACGCACCUCAACAGAGUUAUGGUGCACCAGCUGCUGCUCAACAGCAAUAUGGAGCUCCAAGCGAACCUCAGUCCCAAUAUGGUGCACCGUCGGUUCCUCAGCAACAGUAUGGACCACCAGAAGCUACCACUGAAGUGACCACGGAAGCUGAAGACGCUACCACUGUUGCUAGUGUCACUGAAUCUGAGUCUGAGCCCGUAAACUCCGUGAACGAGCUUGAAGACGAAGAAGUGGACGAACAGCAGCCGCAACAGUCCGGCGAAUACUAUGUAGCCCUUCCUGACGGUCGUCUUCAGCGUGUCCGUUACGUGAGUCGCCAGGACAUGGAGGCGAUGAAGUACUUUGCCAAGAUUCGUGCCGAAAAUGUGGAACCUCUUCGUGGACCCAUCUAUGCGUACGCUCCUCUGCAGAAGCUGCAAAUACUGCCAGCUGGAUUGCAAGUGUCCGUCGCACCGGUUGCACCCAUUGCCGCUACACCGGCGGAAUCGAAGCCACAAAAACUGGAGAUCCAACCAGUCGCCACCCAAGUGCAAUAUCAGUUAGAUAACCCUGCUGGUGUACUUCCGUUGUCCGCUUAUACGAGUAACUACCAGGUGCCUGCCACCGAUUCUAGAUACCUUUUGACGUUGCAGUAGGUCAAAUACUGUUUAUUUAUAGCUAAUGUAUACGUAUCUUGACGAGGACCGUGGUGCGUCCUAAUUUAACACUUGUAAAGUAAGAUGUAUAAAGUAAUUGGUGGUGUGGAGAUGUAAUUGUAGGCUAAGGUCAAAACGAGAAUAAAGAUGAUCAAUCGAU